AUGGCUGACUCCCCCCUCAAUCACUCCUGGCCGUCCUUCUCCAAGCUCUGGAUGAAGAGAUGGUCCUUCAAGAGAGGUAAUCCUGAUUGGUGCUACACCUCUGAGUGUAAGCCGUGUGAGAGUCCCAGUGUCCAGCUCAGUGUCCAGCCUCCAGCCCCCAGUGGGAAGGGCUCCUCCUGCUCUCUGCCCCCCGCCUCCAUCAGUGAGGACGUCUUUUUUGGUGGCAUCAACGAUGACCAGGAUGCCUCUUCAGAGGUCAGCGACUACGACCUGCCCUGUGUGGAUGUGAGCAGCAGCCUGGAGGACCUGCAGGGCCUCAGCUCUUCCCUACAAGUCUCUGUAUUCCAAAGACUCGGGGGGGGGGCGCCCCCCCCCCACAGACCCCCCCAUCCCCGGCCCCCCCUGCCCCCACAGCGGGCAAAACCCCGCAAACUCUCCCUCCAGAUGCAGGCGGUGCGGCCAACAGCAGCGGCCCCCCCCCCGGCAGCUCCUCACCUGAAUGGACUACAGGAGGCAAUGGAAACAGCAAAGCCAGAAGCAGCUGAAGAGGUAGAAGACCAGCCCAGCAUGGAGUUAGACGCAGAGCCGGACCUGGACAGCUUUCCCAUUCUGGUCAGAUCCAUGUCAACCUCCCGACGGCACAGCUGGGGGGUCCCUCUCUCCCCCAUGAACUCCGGCAGGAGCGCUGAGUUUGUGUUCCUGGUGAACCCUGUCCCUCCUCUGUCCCUCCUGUGUCCCUCCUCUGUCCCUCCUGUGUGCCCGGCUGAUGCCAGGCUGAGUCUGGACACCGCCGCCAUAGACAGCGAUGAGGACACGGAGCACGAUGAGGACUCAGGGAUGAGUCUGUUCCAGUCCACGCAGGAGCAGCCUGAGAGCGCCGGCCCUCCUCCCGGAGAUGAGCCGGAUAAGGCCGGCGGGGUUCCUGGGCGGCAGCUGUACUCCCGCUCACAGAUCCUGGCCACAGACGACUACUCCAGAGCGGCGCACAUCUCCCGGGUGCUGCAGACCUCCAAACAGGCCGCCAGGGCAGCCGGAGUGGCAGAAGAGUUCGAUCCAGAGGAAAACCUGCACUCCACUGAAGGACAGACCCACAUGCUGAUGGUACAGAAGGUUCUGCAGGAGCUAAAGCUGUACCACGGAGCCAAGCAGAGACACAGCAGACCAGACCCCAGAGACUCAGGAAGCGUCACCUGGUACGAGUUCCUCUCCAAUCAAAAUGAUGAAGAGGAGGACCGCGCAGAGAAGGUGGAGAAGGGUACCAAGGUGAAGAGGACCCUCAGCUCCCUGAGGAACAGGGUGACCGGCUCCUUUAACAAAGACAAGGGUAAGAACCGAGACAAAGAGCAGCAGAGAGAGAGGGCUAAGGAGAGGGACAGAGAGGCCCGAGACAAAGCGGGCUGUGGUGGGCACGCCCUGGUGCCAGGCUCCUUCUCCAGCUGUGCCACCUGCUCCCUGUGUGGCAGGAGCCUGCAGAGAAAGCAUGGCCUGCAGUGCAUGAAACCCGACCACUGCAGCGUGUCCUAUUGGAGAGAUUCUCUUCAGAGGGUUUGCACGUCAGGAUCUCCUAACCCUGGGGCUGUCAGCAGCACCAGCCAAACCAUGGGGUCCUCCAGAGCCUGCUCCAGGUCGGGGAAGCCGCCCCCCCCGUCCUCCUCCGCCUCGUCCUGGGGUCUGUCGGGGCGCCUGGGCGUGCGGGUGUUGAUGCACCGGGACAUGAUCACCUGCAGGUUCUUCAGGUCCCUGCCUCGCUCCUGGCUGAAAAAGUACUGGGGCCGACUUGGACGGGACUCAAAGAAGUCGUCCUCCCCUCCACUCCGCUGGUCGUCCUCCCCUUUCUCUCUGCCCGCUCCCCACUUCCUGCCUUCACCCCUGUCUCCUGUCUCUCUCCCAGCGCUGAAGGACCGGGACAGGGAGAAGGAUCCGGCCGCAUCUCAGGCCCCUGAUGGCCCCCGUGGGUUCCCCAGUGGCCCAGGCAUGACCAUUAGUGUGUGGGGACCUCAGCUAACAGCCGCCCACAGCUCUAGCAGCAGCUUUGGCCACAGCCUCCAUCAUCCCCACAGCUCAGGAUCUCUGCCUUGGGAAAUGGAUGAGAUAGAUGCUCUCCGGUCCAAACGCUGUAAUGAAGACGCCAUUUCCCUGGCUCCCUCCACCACCGAGUCCAUCAUCGUAGAAGAAGCUCACUAUGCUGCUGUCCGAGCUGAACUGGAGUCUGACGCUCAGGACCUGGAGGCGGUUUCAUGGAGUGUGGCGGUGGACCAGCAGUAUCUGAAGAAGCACUCAAAAGAAGCGGUGAAGCGGCAGGAUGUGAUUUAUGGUGAGUGGGACUCUCUCAGCCCAAAAGAGCUUAUGCAGACAGAGAUGCACCAUGUGCGGACGCUGAAGAUAAUGCUGCGCGUGUACGUCCGGGAGCUGAAGGAAAAUCUCCAGAUGGACACGGGCCGGCUCGACUGUUUGUUCCCCCGCUUGGAAAAUCUCCUCGAACUCCACACACAUUUCCUGUCACGUCUCAAAGAGCGGCGGCGAGAAAACCUGGUCGCACCCAGCGAGAGGAACUACACCAUCAACAGAGUGGCAGACAUCCUAAUUACUCAGUUCUCGGGUGAAAUUGGAGAAAAAAUGAAGAACAGUUAUGGAGAUUUCUGUAGUCACCACACUGAGGCUGUCAGCUACUACAAGGACCAGCUGCAGAACAACAAAAAGUUUCAAAACAUCAUAAGGAAAGUCAACAACCUGUCCAUCGUGCGGAGGUUAGGGGUGACGGAGUGCAUUUUGUUGGUUACGCAGCGAAUUACCAAGUACCCUGUCCUGGUGGAGCGGAUUCUGCACAACACAGAAGCGGGAACAGAGGAGCAGGAGGAUCUGACUCGGGCUCUGGGUCUGAUUAAAGACACCAUCGUACAGGUGGACACGCUGGUCAACGUCCACGAGAAGAACUCCCGACUUCGGGACGUGCGCAGCAAGCUGGAGCCAAAAGCUCUGGGGAAGAUUAAAGAUGGCCGAGUGUUUCGGAGGGAGGACCUGGAGGAGACCAGGAGACGACUGCUCCACGAAGGCACCGUCAGCUGGAAAGCUGCCUCUGGCAGACUCAAGGAUAUUCUUGCUGUUCUUCUGUCUGAUGUGUUGCUCUUACUCCAAGAGAAGGACCAGAGAUAUGUGUUUGCUACAGUGGAUAACAAGCCGUCAGUGAUAUCUCUCCAGAAGCUGAUAGUCAGAGAGGUGGCCCAUGAGGAGAAGGCCAUGUUCCUUAUUUGUGCCUCUUCUAAUGAGCCAGAGAUGUACGAGAUCCACACCACCUCUAAGGAGGAGCGCAACACCUGGAUGGCACACAUACGACAGGCCGUGGAAAGCUGUCCACAUACAGAGGAGAGGCUUUUCAGUGAGGAAGAGGAGGCCAGAGCUUUCAGGCUUAAAGAAUUCCAAGAGCGGCUGAGCCAUAAGGAUGCAGUGAUUGUGCAGGCUCUAGUGGAGAAGCUGCAGCUGUUCGCGGACAUGGCGGAGUCCGUGGCCGGCCUGGAGGACGCAGCCUCUCGUUCCAGAUUGCUCCUUCGAGGGGACGCCUCAGACCUCCAGCAGGGGGAGACGCUGCUCAAAGGAGCCAUCACAGAGGUGGAGAACCUGCAGAACCUGCUGCAGUCUGGGGUGAAAGAAGAGCCCCAGCGCUCUCACACAGAGGAGAGUGUCGGUUCUGGGCUCCUGCCCAGGCGAGCUGACACCUUUGGGGGCUAUGACAGCAGCCCCACCAUCCUUAAUAAGAAUGGGAUUGUUAAGAAAAACUUCUCUGGUGAGUCCAGAAGCAGGGACAGGAGCCAGAGAGCCAGCUCUGACCCUCAGCUCAAAGACCUCUGUGGCAGCCACACCCUCGAAGAGACGGUUGAUGAAAGCUGCAGCUCUCCGGUUAGAUGGAACCGGAUCUGGUCCAGUUCCUUCCCUGAGGCCGAGUUCUUUGACAGGGUCCUUAUGCUCUCCCAGAGGCUGUAUAGUCUACAGGCCAUCAUAGCCCAGCAGGACAGUCAGAUCGAGCUGCAGAGGGCCUCCCUGACCGAGCGGGCCUCCCUGCCGGGCCGCCACAGGGGAAACGUCCUGCUGGAGCAGGAGAAGCAGCGAACGCUGGCCCUGCAGAGAGAGGAGCUCGCCAGCUUCCACAAGCUCCAGUCCCAGCACAGACUGGAGCAGCAGCGCUGGGAGAGGGAGAGGGAGAGGCACCGCCAGCAAACCGAGGCCACCGAGGCCAAGCUCCGGCUCAGGGAGGAGGAGUGCAGGCGGCUGGAGGAUCAUUUGGCUAAAGAGAAAGAAGAGCUGGACAGACAGAGAGAGACAUACCAACAGGAUCUGGAGAGACUGAGAGAGUCCACAAGAGCUGUAGAGAGAGAAAAGGAACGUUUGGAACACAUGAAGAAGAUCAAGAGGAAGACCAUUGAGGUGGCUCCUCUGUCCGGCAGCCUGAACGGGGAGCUGCUCACGUCCUCGGGCCUCAGCGGUUCGGGCAGCCUGUCGGAGCUGCCCCCCCCCCAGAAGCCCUCGGUGCGGCCCAGCCUGUCCGUGUCCCCGGCCGACUUCCCCGAGGCGGCGCUGCGGCGGGAGGGGGGCGGCCUGAAGACGGAGGUGCCGCUGCACCUCUUCAGCACCACCAACCAGCAGCACAAGGCGGUGGGGGUGCAGCAGCAGAUCCCCACCAAGCUGGCAGCCUUCAGCAGCAAGGGCAAGGCGGGGAAAGGCGGCAAGGCCUCGCACCGCUCCGACAGCAGCGGUAGGGACCCAAGGGGGGGGGGCAAAUACUGA